ACAACAAAAACUUUGGUCUCGUUUUGUGACAGAAUGUGUCUUUUGUCAACUGUGACGUCAAUCGAGAACAAUUCAUUGCCAGUUGUGGAACCUUAUUAUCUUAGCCUUUUCAGUGGUCAUAGCCAUCUGUCCACCAUCGGAAUCAUAACGAAUAUUGCAUGGGCUGUUGGAAAACCGCCGAUGAGCAAGGUCAUGGAUGUAUUCGGGCGUGCAGAAGGUGUCAUGAUAGCCACAGUCCUUUAUUUCAUUGGUGCUACCCUUACCUCGUCAGCCACAAGCGUGACUCAAUAUGGAAUCGCUCGCAUUGCAUCCGCACUCGGAUCACAAGGCCUUCAACUAGCUCAAAUGAUACUCGUUGCUGAUACCUCCUCACUUGCUUCUCGCGCUCUAUUAACUUCUACAAUAUCUUCACCAUGGAUCUUCACAACUUGGAUCGGUCCUGUGAUUGGCGCGAGGUUCAAGCAGAUGGGCGAGUUUGGCUAUCGAAUCAUUUAUGUUGUCUUUGGUAUCCUCGUCCCUCUUUGUGCAAUGUUGCUCGUGGGUAGGAGGGAUUCUCAGGCGUUACUUGAUGAUCAUUGUAGAAGGAGAAAUGCUACACAAGAGCUUUGGACACAAACGUGGUCUGAAUUGGAUGUACUAGGGAUCUUGUUGUUGACAUUAGGAUUUGGAAUGAUGCUGUUGCCAUUGUCUUUUGGUAAUAACGUCACUCGUCACUGGGCUCCUGGUCAGUGCGUCUCACCUAUUGCUCUAUACAUUUGUGUCCUCAUACUCUUGAUAUUUUCAAGAUACGAAUCCAAAUACGCAUCAUAUCCAAUCAUUCCAUCUCGUCUACUGAAGCAGCGGACCAUUAUAUUGGGAUCAAGCGUAUGCUUUUGGCACUUUAUGUGCCAGUAUAUUUAUGAGAGUUAUUUCACUAGCUUCUUACAGGUUGUUAGAUUGUCGUCACCCCGAGAUGCUCAAUAUAUCCAGGAGUCAUACAUGUUUACUGCUUGCGUAUCGGCUUUACUAUGCGGGGUUUUGGUGCGAUGGUCCAGGCGGUACAAGAUAUGGGUUAUCGUAGGUGUCCUGGCACAUUCAAUUGGAGCAAUGCUCAUGCUACGAGCAAGAAACCUCGAUAACCCCAUCAGCGAGAUCGUAAUUUCUCAAGUCAUCGCUGGUUUCGGCGGAGGUUUCACUACCCUUGCCUCCCAAUUGGGUGUCCAAGCUGUAGUCUCGCAUCAAGACGUCGGAAUCGCAACCGCAGUAUUCCUGACAGUGACUCAAAUUGGAGGAGCUAUCGGUUCAAGUAUGGCAGGAGCUGUUUGGAACUCGAUUUUACCAUUCGAGUUGAGGAAAAGAUUACCUCUUGAAGAACAUGACAGAAUUGACAGAAUUGUAGGAGAUCUAGAUUAUAUAUUGUCUUUUCCAGAUGGCAGCCCUAUAAGGGAGUCGAUCAACAGCUCGUACGUCGAGGCACAGCGUAUGUUGAAUAUAUUGGCUUUGGUGGCACUUUUACCCUGUUUAUUGAGCGCCCUUUUUAUGGAAAAUGUCGACUUGAGUGGCCCUAGAGAAGGUACGAAUUCUCAACCUUUUUCUUCUUAG